AUGGCACCAAUAGCGGGAAAUGGAGCGUCGGGAUCAGCGAGUCUUUACAAGGUGUGGGAGAUCAGAGCGCUGAAGCGGCAGAAGCGGAGCGACGAGGCGAGAAGCCUGCUGGAGCGAGUGGCGAAGCAGGUUGAGCCGAUUAUGAUCCGGCGCCGAUGGAAGGUGCCGCUGCUGUCUGAAUUCAGUCCCAGCAAUGCUCGGCUCCUGGGCAAGCCGGACUCAUUCUUCCCAUACGAGCAUGUGUUGGGCACCAUGCUUCACGAGCUCACUCACAUCGAACGAGGCCCCCACGAUGCCAAGUUCUACAAGCUACUAGACGAACUCAAUGAGGAGUGUGAUGAUCUCAUAGCACGAGGCAUAACAGGAACGCCCUUUGGGGGAUCUGGUCACCGCCUCGGCUCCUCUGCUUACCCCUCCAUUCGCCCAGUCCGCUUAGGCACUGCUGCUGCUGCUGCUGCUGCCAGCGCUGCUGAUUCUUCCUCUUUCAGGGUUGUUACCCCUGCUGGCCCUUCUUCUGCCCCGUCUGCUGCUGACGGGGCGAGCAGAAAAGCAGCGGCAGCAGCGGCGGAGCGGAGGCGGCAGCAGCAGCGGAUCAUGAUGCCUGUGGGCGGGCGGCGAUUGGGCGGCGACAGUGAGAUUAUGAAGGUGUUGAGUCCGGUGCAGGCAGCUGCUAUGGCAGCAGAGAGAAGGAUGAGGGACGAUGUGUGGUGUGGUGGGCAUGGGAGCGAGGGAGGGGAGGGAGGAGAGGGAGGGGAUAGGGGUCAAGGCGGGGCGAGGGAAAAGGAAGAGGAGGAGUGGGAGAGUGCAAGGGAAGCUGGUGGGGCAAGGAAGCGGCCAAGUGUGACUGAGGAGCAGAGCAGUAGGAGCAGAAAGAUGCCUGCAAGCAGUGCUGUAGCAAGUAAGAGAGCUGAUGCGGCCAGAGAAAGAUUCACAGAUGGGUCUAGAGGGGGCGAUGUGUCAGGAGGAGAGCAGCAGGCAGCGGGAGCAGGCAGGGCAGAGGGAGCAGAGGGUGUGGGGAGAGAAGACAACUGGACGUGCCGUGUUUGCACACUGAUUAACCGGUGCACGCUAGGGAAUGGUGGUGGUGGUGGUGGUGGUGGUGGUGGUGGUGGUGCUGCUGCUGCUGCUGCUGCUGCUGGUGCUGUGGACCACGCUGCCAGGUGA